GCCUACUGUUGAGCACAUAUUGGAGGUAAUCAAUUCAACUUAAAGUCAUUUCUCUUUCAUGUCUGCGUAACAAUGAUUCGUUUAGUUGUAGGAAGCUUUCUAGUUAUAAGCCAUAUUUAUUACGCGGAGCUUGCACCCACGGAAAAUUAUCCUUAUUCCGAAGCGCUGGCGAGCAACUAUAUGCUCUAUUGGAAAUACAAUGACACGCAUAUAACGUUCGAGACACACGUGCAAGCGCAUGGAUUUACAGGUUUUGGUAUAUCCGUGAACGGUUCCAUGUUCCCCGGGGAUGUCAUAAUUGGAUACGUUUCCCACCAUAACGUUCAUCUUAAUGAUUAUCACACCACAGCUCAUGCCCCUCCAACCAUGGACAGCUCCCAGGACUGGACGCUGAUCAGUUCCAAGGAAAACCAUGACAGCACAGUUCUUAAAUUCUCCAGGGCUCUUAACACUCACGACAGCGAUGAUAUUCCCAUUCAUGCUGGUGUAACUCAUGUUAUAUGGGCAUACACUACAACUGACCCCAAGUCUCCAACAGAGCUGAUUUACCAUGCCGCUAACCGUGGAAGCAAGGACAUCAAACUCAUCGCUAAAGGCACAGUUCCUGUUGGCAAAUGAAUAUUUUAAUUUUGAUAUAUUGUUUAAACAUACAGCAGUGCAUAUCAAGUAUUACAAGUGAUAAAUCAGUAUUAUUAAUCAAGAAGAUAUUAAAUUAGUAUGAAAUAAAGUGGCUAUUUUAAACCU